CCUAAGACUAGAAUCUGGAGCAUGAACUUUGUGUGAAUAUGCUAUUCAUACACUCUUUUGUUCUUAUAUAUGCCUCUCUUAUCUCUUCCCCACUUGCUUUUAAAACAACAACCAUUCCCUAUUUGUCUCUCACAUAAAACUCACAAAUGGAAUCAAAUUUUUUCUCACAGAACAGGAUUUCAACACCAACUUCAGCUCAGUGGAAGCUUAUCAAACAUAGACCAGAACAUCCUUCUGUGGUUGCAGUGCUCAGAGGGUUUUCAAAUGACAUUAGAGAAGAAACAAGAAAAGCUAAUGCCUACAAAGAUAACUGGUUUGACCGCUUAGCCAUAAACUAUCUAUCUAAAAGCGUUCAAGCAACUACAGGACUUAGUAACAAAAAGAGUGGAUAUGAAAGCCUGGUUGAGGCAGCUACUAUGGCAAAACAGAAAUUCAAUCCUAUUCACCAGCCAGAGGUUGUCAUUCAAGCUCUUGAUAGAGCCUUCCCAAAGCCAAUACUUUCAUUGAUAAGGACACUGCUACCACCAUCUAAAUUCACAAGGGAAAUUUUUGCUGCUUUCACCACUUUGUUCUUUGCUUGGUUAGUUGGGCCCUCCGAGGUAAGAGAAUCGGAGGUCAACGGGAGAAGAGAAAAAAAUGUAGUCUACAUCAGAAAAUGCAGAUUUUUAGAGGAGACAAAUUGUGCAGGGAUGUGUAUUAAUCUCUGCAAAAUGCCAUCUCAAUCAUUUAUAAAGGACUCUCUGGGUAUGCCACUCAACAUGGUCCCCAAUUUUGAUGACAUGAGUUGUGAGAUGAUAUUUGGGCAGGAUCCUCCAGCAUCAAAUGAUGAUCCAGCUUUGAAGCAACCAUGCUAUAAACUAUGUAAUUACUUUAUUGCAAGGCAAGGCAAAGCAAGGAACGAACUGCCUCAGUUAAUGCAGAGGGCUUUCAGGUCAGCAAGGAUGGAACAAGAGUGUCUCCCACAUUGUGUAUCCUGCCAAAGCUCAAACACAUCAGCCAUAGUUUCUCUCAUUAACAAAACAAUGAAGUGCUCCAACGCACUUCGAACCAAUCAUUUGCAAGUGGAUUUCCAUCAUUUUAGUAGUUUGAAAGUUUUUUCUCUUAGGCUUUCAAAUAUGUAAAAGCAGAAGUGGCCAACAGGCCAAAUGUUUUAUAUGAUAGAAGGCAAGUAUUUCCAA